UUUUGAUUUCUAUCGUGAGGCGCCGCGAUAAAUUCCUCUCGUUCAGAAUUUCUGGAACUCAGGAGCUAAUUCAUCACAUUUUUCAAGAACGGAGUCGUUUAACGGAUCACUGGUAGCUGCCACCGAUCUACAGCUGGUAAGGGCUUUCACGGGGACAAAUCUCGUAGAUUUCUCAAGAACUAAGUAAACAUUCGUUUGAAAGGGAUUAUAUUAUACGCUUGGAGUUGAAAAAUCACGGUAAUUCGUCGAAAAGAUCAGCCGUAGUGGAUAGAGUUGAGUAGAAACGAUAGUAAGAAAGGUCUAAACGAUUGUCUUAAACUGAGCUGAGAAAGCUUCAACUCUGACCAUGAAGGUAGACCAGUGUGUGUUCGUUUUAUUGUGGGCGAUUGCGUUUGUUGUUUGUUUCACCUUCCCAUAUUCCGCAGCCGCGGGAGAAGAUUGCACGAAUUUCAACAAGUCUUGCAGCGAUUGCACUGGGCAUUCGCAAUGUUACUGGUGUUCUUCAACAGAGGCUUGUAUAAAGUAUCCUGGAUGGACGAAGAUUGUUCCUCGAAAUUGCCCGAGCAAGAAAUGGUUUUAUGGCCAGUGUCGAAUAUCAGGCUAUGUCCUCAUCAUUUUAGUCCCUUCCUUGGUCGGUGCCUUCUUGUUAUUUCUCGGAUGUUGUAUCUACUGUUGUUGUUGUCGCCAGUGCAACAAAUGCAAGAAAAACCGAAUGGAUAAGGAAGACGCAAAAUUGAAGCGUAAACGAGAAGAAAUGACGGCCCUUCAUGCUCAGAAACGAAGCGAAAGGGAAAUCAAGAGAGAUGAAAUCAGAAAGAAGUACGGCCUUCGGCCUGGAUCGUCCGGUUAUCAGCGAAUUGAGGACAACCCUUGAAUUCGUCGCUAUGGAAUUUUUGGUGAUCCAUUAAUUUAUAUUGUUAUCAAUAUAAUAAGAACGAAGAAUUCUUUCUUUUGAGAAGAAACAUAGUAGAAGUAUAAUUUCUAUCAGACGGCUACGGAAAGAGAAUUCCUUAGAUUAAGUAUAUUUUUCUAGCUAUUUGAGCACAAAUUAUAUCGCCCUACACGUAAAAAAAAAACGAAAUCUGUGUAUGUCUUCUUUACUUAUUCUCUUUGCAUUUGUAUAUUGCACUCUAGGUAGCAAAUCGUAGUCGUAUGUUUUUUAAUAUUAAAUGUCGGGUUUUUUAAGCAAUUUUACAACGUGAAGUUCCCGUUUCUGGAUGAGUGAACUCAAAAUUUCCUGUUUCGUAAUCAACAUUUAUUUUGUUGUUCUCGCUGAAGCCAGCACUGCUUUGGUCUUUUCAGUUUCACUGCCCUUUUUUUCUUAAUCUGUUGUAUUUCAAUUUUUCUAUUACUCAAUUCUAUUAAAUCUGAUAAUUUGACAUCAAUUUUCUAACGGAGUAUUAUGACUUUUGUGUUUCUGUGGAUAUUAAUCAAGUAGAAAAAGCCAAAUUGAAUAAGUUGGUUUUCAGUUACAUGCUUGUAGUUAAUAUAAAGGAAAUGUUAAAAUUUGUUAUUCCUCAUUCUC